AUGCCUCAAAUGAUACGUUUAAGUACCGAUGCAACAAGGGACAAUGACGAGUCGCUCAAAUCACCACUGUUCUUAGACCCAAAAUUAUCAUCCAGUGAACCGACGAGUGAGGUUUUAGAGGAGGGUACUCCUCAGGAUUCAGAAUGGAGUACUCGAUCAUGUAUGGCGGUCAUUGGUGUAUUCUCAAUAAUGUUCUGUUCAGUAGGUUUCAUAACCGCUUUUGGAGGGUUUCAAGGGUACUAUGCGAAAAAUAUGCUCAUCGAUGAAUUUGCAUCGGAUAUGUCAUGGUUUGGUUCUUUUAACGUUUUUUGCAUGUUUGGUAGAACAUUUGUUGCUGAAUAUCUAAAUAACAAAUAUGGCUCAUGGUUUUUGGUAUAUGGAGGCAGUGCUGUGAUGCUUCUUGCUCUGUUCAUGACUUCUCUUUGCAAGGAGUACUACCAGUUUUUUCUUACUCGAGGCUUUUUACUCGGUGUCGGCAUUGCAUCUAUUCUUCUUCCCGCCUUCACCAUAGCGGCUCAAUACUUCACCAAAUAUCGAGGCCUGGCACUUGGAAUUGUAGUAUCAGGAUCUUCAUUUCUCUUGCCUCAAGAAUCCUGUCCUCGUGUUACUCGCAGUUGGACUUUUUUUUUUGUUUACUUUGGCAUCUUCACGCCUUUCUUCUACAUUGAGCCUUGGGCGUUGUCUCUUGGAUUUGAUAGUAACUUUGCGUUCUAUACAAUUAGCAUUGUCAAUGCAGCAAGCCUAUUUGGUCGUAUCAUUCCGGGUCUAUUGGCGGACCGAUUUGGAUGUUACAACAUUGCCGUUAUUGCUUCGAUUUCCUCCGGCUUAGUCUGUACUUGCAUGAAAAAAGCUACUUCUGUAGCUGGAAUCACUAUAUUUUCUCUUACUUAUGGAUUUACUUCAGGGGCAAUUAUCAGUCUUCAAGGAUUUUGUGCAGCAAAGCUGGUACCGCCAAUGCAAUUUGGAAUUGCCAUGGGCUCCGUCAUGACGUUUCUCUCAAUCGCCGGGCUUGUGGGAUCACCUAUAAAUGGGAAGAUCCUCGAUGUUUGGGUUUACCUUGGAAUAUCGCUGUUUUCCGGAAUGACGAUGCUUUUGGGAGGAUUGGUACUUCUAGCCGCACGACUACAGCUCAACAGCCAUUUACUGGCAAAGGCUUAUGUCUGA